GUUUUGGCACCUCUGACAAGACAAAGAUCGUAUGGGAACGUCCCUCAGCCCCAUGCUAUAUUAUAUUACGCGCAAAGAACCACCAAAGGAGGCCUUCUGAUAUCUGAAGCCACCGGAGUUUCUGACACUGCCCAAGGGUAUCCAGACACACCUGGUAUAUGGGAAAGGAACAAGUUGAAGCAUGGAAACCUAUUGUGGAUGCUGUCCAUGCCAAGGGUGGUUUAUUUUUCUGUCAGAUAUGGCACGUAGGAAGGGUGUCGAAUACAGGUUUUCAGCCAAAUGGAGCGGCUCCAAUCUCCAGUACAGACAAGGGCGUUGAUGAUGCACAAUGUUCUCCUCCUCGACGACUGAGUACAGAGGAAAUUCCUCAACUUGUAGAGGAUUUCAGACUCGCUGCUAGGAAUGCGAUGGAAGCUGGUUUUGAUGGAGUUGAAAUCCAUGGUGCUCAUGGAUACCUAAUAGACCAGUUCUUGAAAGAUCAAGUUAAUGACCGAACAGACAAGUAUGGGGGCUCCUUGGAAAACCGCUGCAAACUUGCUCAUGAAAUUGUUGAAGCUGUAACGGAGGAGAUAGGGGCAGACCGAGUAGGCAUAAGGCUUUCGCCUUUUGCAAAUUACAUGGAAUCAGGGGACUCAAAUCCGGAAGCCCUGGGGCUUUAUAUGGCCAGUUCCUUGAAUAAAUACAACAUUCUCUAUUGCCACAUGGUUGAGCCACGGAUGAAAACCUUGGGAGAUAUGGCCGAGAGUCCCAAGAGCCUCGUGCCAAUGAGAAAAGCCUUUCAUGGCACUUUUAUUGUUGCUGGUGGCUAUGGCAGGGAAGAUGGUAAUAAUGCUUUGGCUGAGAACCGUGCAGACCUUGUAGCUUAUGGCCGGCCAUUUCUGGCCAACCCGGAUCUUCCAAAGCGCUAUGAGCUUAAUGCUCCUCUCAACAAGUACAAUAGAAGCACAUUCUAUUUAUCUGAUCCGGUUGUUGGAUACACUGAUUAUCCGUUUCUCGAUGAAAAGUUUUCGACUUAACUGAAGAAACUUGAAAAGCAAUUCUUAGUGUGGUUAUUGUUUCUC